UGCGCUGGGAGAGGAGGCGUCACCCUGUCGUAUAAGAACUUAUUCUGGGAUGCUGCCUUGCUGGAGGACGGACUGUAUUUGCUCUUCGGGACACCAGAGAAAGAGGAGCGGGAUGGGGGACGAUCACGUCUUCCUGGCGGGGUUGCUGCUGCUCGUGCAUCUGACAGCACCCGCACUUGCAGCUCCCUAUCUCCCACCCGGCCAGCAGAGACAGACGGAUUUCUCCACAGUCUUCCACUCCGCUAAAGGAGGUUUGAUCGGACCACUGUUUCGACACGAUGGGGGAUAUCAGCUGGACUCGCCAAACCCUGAUGGAGGCUGUUACUACCAGUUCAAACACUACGAUGAGGGAGACAGAAUCACCACGAACGAGUCUUGCCUCAACUGUACCUGCCACAGCUCAAUGCUUAUGUGCUACCUCAAGGUGUGUCCCACUGUGAAGACCUUUGGCAAGAACUGUACCAUGGAGAAGAAGCCAAACCAGUGCUGCCCAGUGAUCACGUGCCCUCAAGUACCGGUGCAGCUUCAAAUAAUGCAGAUGACCACCACACCACCCUUUCCAACCAGCACGGGCCUCAUGCCUUCCACUGAGUACGGCUGUACUAUUGAUGGUUUCUACUACCCAGAUGGAGUACAGGUGCCAAGUGAGCCUGAUAAGCCCUGCGAGCUAUGUUACUGCAUUAGGAACCACACAGCAUGUGUGAUGCAAGAGUGUAUCCUGAUGGUUCCUGGGUGCAAGCCAGUAUUCAAGGAGGGUGUCUGCUGCCCUGUUAGAUACAACUGUGCUCAUGAUGAAAUUGAGGCUGUCCCAACAACCACCACACUGCCACUGGAGAGCAAUGAAACUACUGUUCUCCCAACUACUACAAUGCUACCAGAAUCUUCAGGGUGCAUUCAUAAAGGAGAAUUUUAUGCAGAUGGUGCACUCAUUCCUUCAGAUGAUCCCUGUGAACACUGCUAUUGUAUGAUGGGAAAUCCGGUGUGUGCUGUCCAGGAAUGUCAGUCACCACUAGAUGAGAUGCAGAAUAACUGCAUUCCUCAAUUGCCACCACCAGGGAAAUGCUGCCCAGAGGCAUAUGACUGUCCUGAGGUGUUAACCACAGUUUCGCCAUCAGAAGACACUACAGUCACAAUAGAUGCCCUCCCAUCAACUGACACUACUCUUCUACAGACAAGUAAAACAGCAGAAUCCACAGAGGAAACUACCAAGACCACACCAUUUACUUCAGUACAGACUACUGAUUCUCCACUAGAUACUGAAGGGGCAACUGACUCUUCAGAAGAAACUGAAGGGACAACUGAUUCUUCAGGAGAAACUGAUGGGACAGCUGAUUCUGUAGUAGAUACAAUUGAUUCCAAUGAUUCACUAACCACAACUGAUUCUUCAACAUUAACAAAGGAGACCACACCUCACAUAUAUAUUGAACCCAGUGAGGUCACCACUGUUACACCAGCUGUCACUAGUGAUGCAACUUAUAAACCAAAGCCAUCCAUAGAGGCCACUGAUUCUCCAAUUGAUAGUGGUGUGACCACUGAUUCUUCAGAUACCACUGUGACUGCUGAUUCUUCAGAUGGUGGUGUGGCCACUGAUUCUCCAGUAGAUAUAAGUGAUAGCAGUGAUUCUGCAGGUGCUACUGGUGUGACCACUGAUUCUUCAGAUACUGGUGUGACCACUGAUUCUACAACAGUAACAAAAGAAACCACACCUCACAUAUAUAUUGAACCCAGUGAGGUCACCACUACUGCUCCACUUGUCACCAGUGAUGCAACUUAUAAACCGAAGCCAUCCAUAGAGGUCACUGACUCUUCAGUAGAUACUGAUUACACCACUGAUUCUUCAGAUACAGGUGUGACCACAGAUUCUUCAGAUGGUGGUGUGGCCACUGAUUCUCCAGUAGAUACAAGUGAUAGCAGUGAUUCUGCAGGUGCUACUGGUGUGACCACUGAUUCUUCAGAUACUGGUGUGACCACUGAUUCUACAACAGUAACAAAAGAAACCACACCUCACAUAUAUAUUGAACCCAGUGAGGUCACCACUACUGCUCCACUUGUCACCAGUGAUGCAACUUAUAAACCAGAGCCAUCCACAGAGGCCACUGACUCUUCAGUAGAUACUGAUUACACCACUGAUUCUUCUGAUAUUGAUGUGACCACUGAUUCUUCAGAAUCAAAAGAAACAAAAGAGACCACACCUCACAUAUAUACUGAACCCAGUGAGGUCACCACUGUUACACCAGCUGUCACCAGUGAUGCCACUUAUAAACCAAAGCCAUCCAUAGAGGUCACUGAUUCACCAAUAGAUACUGGUGUGACCACUGAUUCUUCAGAUACCACUGUAACCACUGAUUCUUCAGAUGCUGGUGUGGCCACUGAUUCUCCAGAAGAUACAAGUGAUACCAGUGAUUCUGCAAGUGCUACUGGUGUGACCACUGAUUCUCUAGAAGAUACAAGUGAUACCAGUGAUUCUGCAAGUGCUACUGGUAUGACCACUGAUUCUUCAGAUGCUAGUGUGGCCACUGAUUCUCUAGAAGAUACAAGUGAUACCAGUGAUUCCACAAGUGCUACUGGUGUGACCACUGAUUCUACAACAGUAACAAAGGAGACCACACCUCACAUAUAUACUGAACCCAGUGAGGUCACCACUGUUACACCAGCUGUCACCAGUGAUACAACUUAUAAACCAAAGCCAUCCAUAGAGGUCACUGAUUCACCAAUUGAUACUGGUGUGACCACUGAUUCUUCAGAUACCACUGUGACUGCUGAUUCUUCAGAUGCUGGUGUGGCCACUGAUUCUCCAGUAGAUACAAGUGAUACCAGUGAUUUUGCAGGUGCUACUGGUGUGACCACUGAUUCUUCAGAUACUGGUGUGACCACUGAUUCUACAACAGUAACAAAAGAAACCACACCUCACAUAUAUAUUGAACCCAGUGAGGUCACCACUACUGCUCCACUUGUCACCAGUGAUGCAACUUAUAAACCAAAGCCAUCCAUAGAGGUCACUGACUCUUCAGUAGAUACUGAUUACACCACUGAUUCUUCAGAUACUGGUGUGACCACAGAUUCUUCAGAUGAUGGUGUGGCCACUGAUUCUCCAGUAGAUACAAGUGAUAGCAGUGAUUCUGCAGGUGCUACUGGUGUGAUCACUGAUUCUAUAACAGAAACAAAAGAGACCACACCUCACAUAUAUACUGAACCCAGUGAGGUCACCACUGUUGCACCAGCUGUCACCAGUGAUACAACUUAUAAACCAAAGCCAUCCAUAGAGGUCACUGAUUCACCAAUUGAUACUGGUGUGACCACUGAUUCUUCAGAUAGCACUGUGACUGCUGAUUCUUCAGAUGCUGGUAUGGCCACUGAUUCUCCAGUAGAUACAAGUGAUAGCAGUGAUUCUGCAGGUGUUGCUAGUGUGACCACUGAUUCUUCAGAUACUGGUGUGACCACUGAUUCUACAACAGAAACAAAAAAGACCACACCUCACAUAUAUACUGAACCCAGUGAGGUCACCACUGUUGCACCAGCUGUCACCAGUGAUACAACUUAUAAACCAAAGCCGUCCAUAGAGCCCACUGAUGUUGAUGUGAUCAUUGACUCUUCAGAUUCUGGUGUGAUCACUGAUUCUUCAGAAUCUGGUGUGACCACUGAUUCUACAACAGUAACAAAAGAGACCACACCUCACAUAUAUAUUGAACCCAGUGAGGUCACCACUUCUGCUCCAUCUGUCACCAGUGAUGCAACUUAUAAACCAGAGCCAUCCACAGAGUCCACUGACUCUUUAGUAGAUACUGAUUACACCACUGAUUCUUCAGAUAUUAGUGUGACCACUGAUUAUACAGAAGAAAGCAUUGACACCUCUGUUUAUCCAGAAACAGAUGAUAAAACUGCUGACUAUCCAACAGCCACUAGUGAAACCACCAUUUCUUCAACAAUAACAAAAGAGACCACACCUCAUACUGUUGAUGAAACCAGUAUUUUCACCACUGAUACUCCAUUUGGAACAAGUGCUGUCACAGCCACAUCAUCAGCAUCAACAGUAACUAGUGAGACCACUGAUUAUUCAGAAGCAGACAGUAACAUUACUGAUUCUGCCCCAGAUAUCGGUGGCACUACUGAUGAUCCUAGUGAGACUACUGAAGGUCCAAAAGUAACUGAAGAGUCCACUGUGCACAGUUACACUGAUCUUACAGAGACAACAACGCCUGCAAGCACAUCUGUGUCUGGCAGACCUAUUGUGUUCCCUGGCAGUUGUAGUAUCUCAGGAACUUAUGUUCCCAGUAAUUCUGAAGUGUCACCAUUUGGACCUUGCCAAGAAUCUUGCUUAUGUUUGGAUGGUCAAGUGAAAUGUAAUAUGACAGCAUGCCCUUCUCCUCCUCCUGCAUUUCUUAGAUGCUCUCCCAAACCCCCUUCUGAGACAGAAUGCUGUCCCACAUAUUCAUGCCCAACUGUUGAUCCUGAAGUAACAGAGCUGUCUGCUUGUGAGAAGAAUGGUGAAUUGUAUAUGGAUGGAGAGGAUGUGCCUAGCUCAGACCCUUGUGAUUUAUGCUUCUGCUUGAGGGGAGAUAUCGUUUGUGCCCAGCAGGAAUGUAAUAUGCCUGAGGGCACGAAUUGUGUGCCUGUUGAAGGUUCUUCAGACUCAUGUUGCCCAACUAAGUAUAACUGUGAUGUACCUGACAUGACUACCACUCCUGCUGAGGAUUCUAGUACAUUCCCAAGUGAUACUGAGGAAACCAUAACUGAGGUGCCAGGUACCAUGCAGACAGGACCAGAAACAUCCUUUGAAACGAGAACAACUCUUUCUGCAGAGAGUAGCACAAUCACCACUCCAAUAGCACCUUCAUCAGAUCCAGAAACAUCCCCAUCGCAGCCAUCAGCAACCCUUGGACCUGAAGUAACAGAGCUGCCUGCCUGUGAGAAGAAUGGUGAAGUGUACAUGGAUGGAGAAGAUGUGCCUAGCUCAGACCCUUGUGAUUUAUGCUCAUGCUGGAGUGGAGAGAUUAUUUGUGCUCACCGUGAAUGUGAAGUGCCUGAGGACCAGAACUGUGUGCCUGUUGAUGAUCCUUCAGACUCAUGUUGCCCAACUAAGUAUAACUGUGAUGUACCUGAUAUGACUACUACUCCUGCUGAGGAUUCUAGUGAUACUGAGGAAACCAUAACUGAGGUGCCAGGUACCAUGCUGACAGGACCAGAAACAUCCUUUGAAACGAGAACAACUCUUCCUGGAGAGAGUAGCACAAUCACCACUCCAAUAGCAUCCUCAUCAGAUCCAGAAACAUCAACAUCCCCAUCGCAGCCAUCAGCAACCUUUGGACCUGAAGUAACAGAGCUGCCUGCCUGUGAGAAGAAUGGUGAAGUGUACAUGGAUGGAGAGGAUGUGCCUAGCUCAGACCCUUGUGAUUUAUGCUCAUGCUGGGGUGGAGAGAUUAUUUGUGCCCGCCGUGAAUGUGAAGUGCCUGAGAACCAGAAUUGUGUGCCUGUUGAAGAUCCUUCAGACUCAUGUUGCCCAACUAAGUAUAACUGUGAGUCAACAUUCCCAAGUGAACCUGUUGAAACCACCACUGAGGUGUCAGAUGCUAUGCUGACACAACCAGUAACUUCCACCCAUGCCCCAUCAUAUACAGUCAAAACCUCACCUUCUUCAGCAGAAACUGGAAAAACUACUGAAUCUCCAGAGCAUGAAUACACUACUGAGUCAACACCAGAAUUUUCAGAAACCACAGAUUCCCUAUCAGUAACACAAGAGACCACAACACAUACAGUUACUGAACCCAGUGAAGUCACCACUUCUGCUCCGGCUUUCACAAGUGGUGCAACUUAUAAACCAGAUCCACCCACAGAGGCCACUGAUCCACCUAUUGAUGCUGAUGUGAUCAUUGAUUCUUCAGAUGUUGGUGUGACCACUGAUUCUACAACAGAAACAAAAGAGACCACACCUCACAUAUAUAUUGAACCCAGUGAGGUCACCACUGUUGCACCAGUUGUCACCAGUGAUGCAACUUAUAAACCAAAGCCAUCCAUAGAGGUCACUGAUUCACCAAUUGAUACUGGUGUGACCACUGAUUCUUCAGAUACCACUGUGACUACUGAUUCUACAACAGUAACAGAAGAGACCACACCUCAUACAUAUAUAGAUACCAGUGAUUCUGCAGGUGCUACUGGUGUGACCACUACAACAGUAACAAAAGAGACCACACCUCACAUAUAUAUUGAACCCAGUGAAGUUACCACUGUUGCUCCACAUGUCACCAAUGAUGUAACUUAUAAACCAAAACCAUCCAUAGAGGCCACUGAUUCUCCAGUAGAUACAAGUGAUACCAGUGAUUCUGCAGGUGCUACUGGUGUGACCACUGAUUCUUCAGAUGAUGUUCUGACCACCGACUCUCUAGUAGAUACUGAUUACCCCACUGAUUCUUCAGAUAUUGAUUCUCCAGUAGAUCCUGAUGUGACCACUGUUUCUCCCUCAGUAAUUAGUGAAGGCACUGAUCAUUCUGUUGAUAAGGAUGAAACUACUACCACUGAAAUGACACCUGGGCAGACAGAUACAGCCACAAACACUGAGGGCAUUCCAGGUGAAGGUAGUUGUUAUUUCAAUGGCACUGUUUAUCCCAAUGGAGCCUCAAUACCACCAUCCACCCCAUGUCAUAUUUCUUGUGUCUGUCAGAACAGUCUCAUUGAGUGUACCCUGGAGGAAUGUGAACUUCCCAGUGCAAGUCAAGGCUGCCAGCUGGUAGAUGUUCCUGGUCAAUGCUGCCCCAGUUAUAAUUGUACCAACAUGUGCUUAGUGAAUGGAGAAGAGUACGCUGAUGGAGAUGUUGUGCCCAGUAAAAAUAUCUGCAGUGAUUGUUACUGCUAUCAAGGAGAGCUUAUCUGUGCUACGAUUGAUUGUCCUCCACCUCCGGCCAGUAACUGCCGUGUGGUUACGAGGGAGGAUAUAUCUACUUGUUGCCCAGAAUAUAUAUGUGACGGAUACGAAACUACACCUCCUGAGAUGACAGCAAUCUCCGUAUCUUCGGGUGAGACAACCACGCAUGUUCCACUAGACAUUUAUGACACAACCACUUUUCCAACAAAAGAUACUUAUGAUACAACCACUGAUGCUACAAAAGUCACUUAUGACACAAGUACAGUUGCCACAAAACAUACUGAAGACACAACUACCAUUUCCGUAAAGGAAACCGAUUAUACGACUAUAGCUGAUACACACACAAUUAUUCAAGACAUGACUUCAUUUACCACAACAGAAAUAGACCAUACAGCAGAUCGUGUGACAAUACAGAUGAAAGACACUACAGUUUUACCAACAAAAGAAACUGAUUAUACAACAAUGGCUCCUAAAAAGGAAACUGAAGACACUACUCCUCUAACUACAACUGAUAUUGAUUACAUAACAAUUGCUUCCACAAAAAUGACUGAAGACACAACAAAACAAACUCAAGAAAUAACUGGGCAUUCCACAAAGAAGCCUGAAUAUGCAACUACUGCUUCAACAAAAGAAAUAUAUUACACAACCAUUGCGGCUCCAAAAGAAAUGGAUGGUGUUAGCACUGAUAUCACUAUGGAAGCAGAUUAUCCUACUGGUGCUACUUCAGAAAAACCUAGUCAUACAACUUUUGUUUCUACUAUAGAAUAUGAACAAAAAAUAACCCCUACAAAAGAUGUAGAGGACACAACACUCUUUAUCACAAAAGAAAAAGAUUACACAACUGUUGUCCCCACAAAAGAAACAGAUUACACAACAGUUGUUCCCACAAAAGAAACAGAUUACACAACAGUUGUUCCCACAAAAGAAACAGAUUACACAACUGUUGCUCCCACAAAAGAAUCUGAGCACACAACUGUUGCUCCCACAAAAGAAACAGAUUACACAAUAAUUGUUUCCACAGAAGAAACAGAUUACACAACUGUUGCUCCUGCUAAAGAAACCAAUUACACAACUGUUACUCCCACGAAAGAAACCAAUUACACAACUGUUGCCCCCACCAAAGAAACAGAUUACUCAUCUGUUGCUCCAGCUAAAGAAACCAAUUACACAACUGUUGCUCCCACAAAAGAAGCUGAAGACAUAACUACUACUUCCACAAUAGAUACUGAGGACAUAACACGCUUCACCACAAGAGAAUCCAAUUAUACAACUGUUACUCCCACAAAAGAAUAUGAUUACACAACUGCUCCUCCCACAAGAGAACAUGAUUACACAACUGCUGUUCCCACAAGAGAAGUUGAUGACAUAACUACCUCUCCCACAAUAGAUACUGAGGACACAACACUCUUUACCACAAAAGAAUCUGAUUCCACAAGUAUUGCUUCCACAAAAGAACCUCAUUACACAACUGUUGCUCCCACCAAAGAAACAGAUUACACAACUGUUGCCCCUGCCAGAGAAACAGAUUAUACAACUGUUGCUCCUGCUAAAGAAACGGAUUACACAACUGUUCCUCUUGCCAGAGAAACAGAUCACACAACUGUUGCUCCCACAAAAGAAUUGCAUUACACAACUAUUGUUCCUGCUAAAGAAACAGAUUACACAACUGUUGCUCCUGCUAAAGAAACAGAUUACACAACUGUUGCUCCUGCUAAAGAAACAGAUUACACAACUGUUGCUCCCACAAAAGAAACAGAUUACACAACUGUUGCUCCCACAAAAGAAACAGAUUACACAACUGUUGCUCCCACCAAAGAAACAGAUUACUCAUCUGUUGCUCCAGCUAAAGAAACCAAUUACACAACUGUUGCUCCCACUAAAGAAGCUGAAGACAUAACUACUACUUCCACAAUAGAUACUGAGGACACAACACUCUUUACCACAAAAGAAUCUGAUUCCAUAAGUAUUGCUCCCACAAAAGAAUUUAGUUACACAACUGUUGCUUCCACAAAAGAAACAGAUUACACAACUGUUGCUCCUGCUAAAGAAAAAGAUUACACAACUGUUGCUCCCACAGAAGAAACAGAUUACACAACUGUUGCUCCUGCUAAAGAAACAGAUUACACAACUGUUGCUCCCACAAAAGAAACAGAUUACACAACUGUUGCUCCCACAAUAGAAACUGAUUACACAACUGUUGUUUCCACAAAAGAAGUUGAAGAAAUGACUACUACUCCCACUAGUGACACAACACCCUCUACCUCAAAAGAAACAGAUUCCAUAACUGUUAUUGCCACAAAAGAGACAGAUUACACAACUGCUGUUCCCACAAGAGAAGUUGAUGACAUAACCACUUCUCCCACUACAGAUACUGAGGACACAACACUCUUUACAAAAGAACCUCAUUACACAACUGUUGCUCCCACCAAAGAAACAGAUUACACAACUGCUGUUCCUGCUAAAGAAACAGGUUACACAACUGUUGCUCCCAUAAAAGAAACAGAUUACACAACUGUUGCUCCCACAAAAGAAACAGAUUACACAACUGUUGCUCCCACAAAAGAAACAGAUUACACAACUGUUUCUCUCACAAAAGAAAAAGAUUACACAACAGUUGCUUCCACUAAAAAAACUGAUUACACAACACUUGCUCCCACAAAAGAAGCUGAAGACAUAACUACUACUCCCACAAUAGAUUCUGCAGACACAACACUCUUCACCACAAGAGAAUCCAAUUAUACAACUGUUGCUCCCACAAAAGAAUAUGAUUACACAACUGCUGCUCCCACAAGAGAACAUGAUUACACAACUGCUGUUCCCACAAGAGAAACUGAUGAUAUAACCACCUCUCCCACAAUAGAUAGUGAGGGCACAACACUCUUCACCAUAAAAGAAUCUGAUUCCACAAGUAUUGCUCCCACAAAAGAACCUCAUUACACAACUGUUGCUCCCACAGAAGAAACUGAAGACCUAACUACUACUUCCACAAUAGAUACUAAGGACACAUCAUUAUUCACCACAAAAGAUUCAGGAUACACAACUGCUGUUCCCACAAAACAAUAUGAUUACACAACUCUUGCUCCCAUAAAAGAAUCCCAGUACACAACUAUUUCUCCCUCUGAAGAACCUGAUUAUAUAACUGUUGCUCAAACAAAAGGAGAUGAAGACAUUACUACGCCCAUAAUAGAUGGGGAGGACACAACAGUCUUCAUGACAAGAGAAUCCAAUUACACAACUGUUGCUCUCACAAAAGAAUAUGAUUACACAACUGCUCCUCCCACAAGAGAGCAUGAUUACACAAUUACUGUUCCCACAAGAGAAACUGAUGACACAGCCACUUCUCCCACAACAGACACUGAGGACACAACACUCUUUACCACAAAAGAAUCUGAUUCCACAAGUAUUGCUCCCACAAAAGAAUUUAAUUAUACAACUGUUGCUCCCACCAAAGAAACAGAUUACACAGCUGUUGCUCCCACCAAAGAAACGGAUUACACAACUGUUGCCCCCACCAAAGAAACAGAUUACACAACUGUUGUUCCUGCCAGAGAAACAGAUUACACAACUUUUGCUCCUGCUAAAGAAACAGAUCACACAACUGUUGCUUAUGCCAGAGAAACAGAUUACACAACUGUUGCUCAUCCUAAAGAGACAGAUUACACAACUGUUGCUCAUCCUAGAGAAACAGAUUACACAACUGUUGCUCUUCCUAAAGAGACAACCAUUGCUCCUGGCAGAGAAACAGAUUACACAACUGUUGCACAUCCUAAAGAGACAACCAUUGCUCCUGGCAGAGAAACAGAUUACACAACUGUUGCACAUCCUAAAGAGACAACCAUUGCUCCUGGCAGAGAAACAGAUUACACAACUGUUGCUCAUCCUAAAGAGACAACCAUUGCUCCUGGCAGAGAAACUGAUUACACAACAGUUGCUCAUCCUAAAGAGACAACCAUUGCUCCUGGCAGAGAAACUGAUUACACAACUUUUGCUCCUGCUAAAGAAACAGAUCACACAACUGUUGCUUAUGCCAGAGAAACAGAUUACACAACUGUUGCUCAUCCUAGAGAAACAGAUUACACAACUGUUGCUCAUCCUGAAGAGACAACCAUUGCUCCUGGCAGAGAAACAGAUUACACAACUGUUGCUCAUCCUAAAGAGACAACCAUUGCUCCUGGCAGAGAAACUGAUUACACAACUGUUGCUCAUCCUAAAGAGACAGAUUACACAACUGGUGCUCCCACUAAAGAAACAGAUUACACAACUGUUGCUCCCACCAAAGAAACAGAUUACACAACUGUUGCUCAUCCUAAAGAGACAGAUUACACAACUGUUGUUCCUGCUAAAGAAACAGAUUACACAAGUGUUGCUCCUGCCAGAGAAACAGAUUACACAACUGUGGCUCACACCAAAGAAACUGAUUACACAAGUGAUGCUCCUGCCAGAGAAACAGAUUACACAACUGUUGUUCCCACAAAAAAAACAGAUUAUACAACUGUUGCUCCCACAAAAGAAACAGAUUACACAACUGUUGCUCCCACAAAAGAAACAGAUUACACAAUUGUUGCUCCCACAAAAGAAGCUAAAGAAGUAACUACUACUCCUGCAAUAGAUACUGGAGACACAAUACUCUUUACCACAAAAGAGAGAGAUUCCACAACUGUUGCUCCCACAAAAGAGACAGAUUACACAACAGCUCCUCCCACAAGAGAACAGGAUUACACAACUCCUGUUGCCACAGGAGAAGUUGAUGACAUAACCACUUCUUCCACUACAGAUACUGAAAACACAACACUCUUUACAGAAGAACCUCAUUACACAACUGUUGCUUCCACCAAAGAAACAGAUUACACAACUGCUGUUCCUGCUAAAGAAACAGGUUACACAACUGUUGCUCCCAUAAAAGAAACAGAUUACACAACUGUUGCUUCCACUAAAAAAACUUAUUACACAACUUUUGAUCCCAUAAAAGAAACUGAUUACACAACAGUUGCUCCCACAAAAGAAGCUGAAGAAAUGACUACUACUCCCUCACUAGAUACUGAGGACACAACACUCUUCACCACUAAAGAAACCAAUUACACAACUGUUGCUCACACAAAAGAAUAUGAUUACACAACUGCUCUUCCCACAAGGGAACAUGAUUACACAACUCCUGUUCCCACAAGAGAAGUUGACAACAUAACCACUUCUCCCACAAUAGAUACUGAGGACACAACACUCUCUACCAUAAAAGAAUCCAGUUACACAACUGUUGCUCCCACAAAAGAAACAGAUUACACAACUGUUUAUACCACAAAAGAAGUAGAUUACACAACCUUUGCUCCCACAAAAGAAACAGAUUACACAACUGCUGUUCCUACAAGAGAAGCUGAAGACAUAACUGAGGACACAAUAGUUUUCACCACAAGAGAACCAGAUUACACAGCUGUUUCUCCCACAAAAGAGGCUGAAAACAUGACCAUUUCUCCCACAACAGAUAUUAAGGACACAAUACUAUUUACCACUAAAGAAUCAGUUUCCACAACUGCUGCUCCAGCAAAAGAACCUGAUUACACAACUGUUGUUCCCAUAAAAGAAAGUGAUGACAUAACCACUUCUCCCACAAUAGAUACUGAGGACACAACAAUUUUUACUGGAAAGGAAUCUGUUUACACAACUGUUCCUCCUAUAAAAGAAUAUUAUUAUACAACUGCUGCUGCUCCCACAAAAGUACCUGAAGACAUAACCACUUCUCCCACUAUAGAUACUAAGAACACAACACUCUUUACCACAAAAGAAACUGAUUACACAACUGCUGGUCUUACAAAAGAAUAUGAAGACAUAACCACCUCUUCAACAAUAGAUACUGAAGAUUCAACACUCUUUACCAAAAAAGAAUCAGAUUACACAACUGUUGCUUCCACAAAGGAACCUGAAGACAUAACUAUUACUCCCUCAAUAGAUAGUGAGAACACAACAAUCUUUACCACGAAAGAAUCUGUUUACACCACUGUUACUCCAACUAAAGAAUCAGAUUACACAACUGUUGCUCACACCAAAGUAACUGGAGAGAUAACUACUACCACCUUAAUAGAUACUGAUGGAACAACAAUCUUUACUCCCAAAGAAUCUGAAUACACAACUGUUGCUCCUACAAAAGAAGUUGAAAAUGUAACCACUUCUAUCACAAAUGAUCCUGAAGAUGGAAAAUUGUUUAUCACAGAAAAAGUUGAAGAUAUAACCACUUCUCCUAUAAAUGAUACUGAAUAUGUAACAUUCUAUACCACAGAUGAAGCUGAUGAUAUAACUACUCCCACAAAAGACAUAACACUCUUUACCAUUAAAGAAUCAGAUUACACAACUCUUGCAUCCACAAAAGAAGUUGAAGAUAUAACCACUUUUACAAAAGAUACAGAGGUCCCAACACUCUUUACCACAACAAAAUCAGUUUACACUACUGAUUCUUCAACAAAAGAUGGUGAAGACACAACUGGUUUUGUUCCCACAACUGAAAUUGCUGAUAUUGUAACACAUACUGCAAAUGAAAGUUAUUAUUCAACUGUUGCUCCCAUAGAAGUUGAAACCACUGAUAUUUUUCUCACAAAUGAAACUGAUUCUACAAAUGUUACUUCUGCAGGUGAAAGUUAUUUCACAACUGUUGUUCCCAUAGAAAAAACUGAAGUUUCAACCAUUUUUACUACUAAAGAGACAGAUUUUGCAACUGUUGUUCCCACAGAAGAAAUUGAUAAUUUGACCCUUAUUCCCUCAAAUGAAACCGAUGAUACCACCACUUAUGACACAACAACAAUGGGCUACCCAACAGUCGUUCCCACAAAACAAACCUAUGACACCACUAUUGCCACUAAAGUUACUUAUGAGACAACUCAUAUUUCAGCAGGUACUGACGACACUACCACCGUUGCUCCUGAAGGCACCAACGACACUGUUACCAUUGAUCCUGAGGCCACCAACGACACAGUUACCGAUGUUCCUGGAGACACAGACCACACAACAGACGAUACUGUUACCAUUGGUCCUGAAGACGCAGACAAAACAACAAAUGACUAUUUUACUGUUGGUCCUGAAGAACCUGGUACUGUUACCCCUGCUACUGGAGAAAUAAGUGAGAGCACUACAGCUCAGACUGCAUCAACUGAUAAGGAAGACUUUACUGGCUGCAUAGUGGAGGAUCAGCAGUAUGAGGAUGGCUCCAGUAUGCCACUCACAUCAGAUUGCCAAAAGUCUUGUCGCUGUGAUAAUGGGUCAGUGAUAUGCAGCAGGUUAUCAUGCCCUCCACAACCUCCAGCCUUCCUUCGAUGCUCCACACUACCUGCCAAUAGCACAUGUUGUCCUGUCUAUGACUGUCCUAUUUUCCCUGAGGACACUUCGACAGCUGCUCCUGCUUGUGUGGAAGAUGGGGUUACUUACCUGAAUGGUGAAUAUAUCCCCAAGGAUUCUGAAUGCGUGGACUGUUACUGUUUGUCUGGCAGAAUUGUGUGUGCUUCCCUGGAAUGUGCUGCACCAGCACCUGACUGCAUAACACUGACACAUCCUGCAGGAAGCUGCUGCCCUACACAGUAUGAGUGCUUUGAGCAUCCCACCACAGACACAGAGGUUGCCACUGACACAGUUACUACUGAUGAAAUCACCAUCCCUGUCACGAGCACCACCACUUCUGCUUCUAGUGUAGAGGCAUCCACUGCCACUGUGAGUCCAGUCAUGAUUGAGGCAAUGAGCUCCUUAACCACAGAGGAAUCAGAGGUUUCUGCAGGUGUUGUAACAACUGAGACAUCACUGGCCUCAAUUGACACCACCACACCAGCUGUAUCAUCUUCAACUACUUCAGAGACACCUAUAAGUACCACAGAAUCUAAGGAAGAUGUUUCCGAAGGGACUGUGAUAUCUGCCAGUCCAAGCUUAGGCAGCAGUGAACAGUCAGACAGUGAUGAGAAGGAAGAAGGCACCAGUGCAGUGACACAGCCUCUGCCUCCAAGCACUUCAUCCAGCAGCUCUGCCUCCACUGACUCCUCUCCUUUCCCUUCCUUCCCAACCUCUUCCAACACCACCCACACCCCAAUGGAGUAUGACCCUGAAGCCUGCAUGUUUAAUGGGAAAGUGUUUGCCUCUGCUCAGCAGAUUCCUCGUGAUGACCCAUGUGACUUUUGCUUCUGCUUCCGUGGGGACAUCAUUUGUCUGCAGCAGACAUGCCCACCACCCAUUUCCAACUGUUUUGAGGAGGCCAUCGCAGGUUAUUGCUGUCCACGCUUCCAGUGUCCAGUGGUGCAGACUUUAGUGAAUGUUACCACUACCACAACACCCAUCCCUACCUACCCGCCUAUUCAACAGGAAGUGGAGAUGAUCAUGUGUGAGAUUGGACAGCGCUACUAUCAACAUGGACAAAUUGUGAGAGAAGCAUCUGGGCCCUGCUUGGUGUGCAGGUGCGGCAGGGAUGGCAUGAUGGAUUGCAUUCCUCAAGAGUGCAAAGCAGAGCCCAUGCUGAGGAGAAUUCUUAGCAGCAAGUAUGGGUGAGGUGGAGAGGCAUAACAAGGCUGGGCAGUGGUCCAGCCCACUCCUUCAUUUCUCAAAUCUGCCCGCCUUAUGUUUGCCAGAAGAUUAUAGCAUCAAUGGACUCAUUUCAGAAUGACAUGUUCCUAGGUUAAAACUAUAAUAUUAAGGGGAAGUAGGGCAUACUUGUAACAUUUCAGUAAUACUUAGGUACUGAAGGUGGAUGACUAGUAUUGCAAAAGAGAACAUUCCCCAUUAUCCAUCCAACCCUGCAGAAUAACUCAUCCCACCCUUUUCCCCCAAAUCCCCAAAUUCUUGUUUAGCCAAGAUUAAUUUAGUCUGACCCAUGAAUCGCUCAAGCAUCAAGUCUGUGUUAGGAGGAUUGUGCAUACCGUAUAGUGCUGGAGGAAAUAUACUUUGUAGUGCCAAGGGUCUUUAUAUAUAUAUAUAUAUAUAUAUAUAUAUAUAUAUAUAUAUAUAUAUAUAUAUAUAUAUAUAUAUAUAUAUAUAUAUAUAUAUAUAUAUAUAUAUAAACACACACACACACACACACACUUGCUCCAGUCAAACCACAGCUUCCUUCAAUUUUUGUUUGGUACACGUGUAGGCAUUAUUCUUCAUUUAUUGCCGUAAUGACUGAUUUUUCUGUUUACAUUGUUGUGAUCAUUUAAUUUCUUUGUUUUAAUGUAUGUUAGCUCUGCAGCUACGUUACUUUUUUUUUUUGCGGCAAUGAAGGUAUCUACUUACCCAGUAUUAAUGACAUUCUGCUCACAGGCCAUUAGUUAUUUUCUACAGCGCAUUAUUUAUUUCAUAAGUACGAACGGUGCAAACGUUUUGUUUUGUGACAUUUUAGUGCUAAAUUUGCAUCCAUCACGUUCCAGAAAUUAUGCUUUCCCCGAAAAAUUUCCGAACAUAGGUAAUAAAAUAAAUAGGUUUAUAUAUAUAUAUAUAUAUAUAUAUAUAUAUAUAUAUAUAUAUAUAUAUAUAUAUAUAUAUAUAUAUAUAUAUAUAUAUAUAUAUAUAUAUAUAUAUAUAUUACGCAGUUGCUAUUUUUCUGGGACGUCUGCAGUUUAUUUUCAUGUAGAAUAAUGGUUUGCAAAGCGGACAAAGGGUUCCCGCGCGGCCUAGCGGGGAAGCAAGCCCUCAGAGCUGCUUUGGUUUUGGUGCUUGACCCGUUUUCUGUGAGGGGAAACUGGUUCGAAACACUUUCGCUUCACAUCUUAUCUUGUGGCUCCCUGUAAGGUACUGAUCUGCUCUCAUAUCUUUCACUUGUGUUGUUGUAGUAGAAUACUCGAAGUGCUCUGAUAAUUCGGCGUGUUAGGCUCAGUGUGCCGAGCGUCACUGGCUGCGAUAAGGCGUGCAGGGUUCAGGGAGGAAAACGUCAUGGCCGCUACAGGUACUGUGUGAGCCCUUUCCUGCCUGAGUAAAGCUUCUUUCACCAUUCUGGAAACUUGUGAAGCGACGAAGGACAUCAGGAGAUUACGGACAGAUGGAAAGAAGG